AUGGGCGCAACCAGUCAUUUCGUCGUCCAGAAACAGGACCAUCCAGGCUCCUCUUACCAAGAGAUCGAUGAUGAGCCAAACUGGGGCUCAGGCCACAACCAUCGUGUCGGCUUCAAGAACAAAGACAAUCGCGUGCCCGGCUACGUGGAAGAAUCGAAGGGAAAGCUGGGUGCAUAUCACACGCGCGUUAACAAUGGAGAGCUCGUCAAUUUCGAAGAUAUCAUCAGGGCCCAAGAGAAUUUGAGCCUCCGCCAUCCGGAGAACCGGUCAGUAGGAUGGCGGUAUGUGCUGAACGUUACUGAGGAAUGGGUCAAGUACGGGCAAAAGUGGCCUGCGAAUCUGGAAGCGGAGAAGAAAGCGAAGGAGAAGGGAGCCAAGGAGGGAAAUGGAGAAGCCACAAAUGGCAGCAGCCAGCUCCAGAAUGGCCAUGAUGAGCAGAACGAACAUCAAGAUGAGGAAGGCCAAAAAAAGCCAGAAAACAAGUACUCCCAUCACGAGCUUGCGCUUCUUCGGGGACUGGAACACGAGAGCGACUACAUCAAGAAGCUUGAAACCAACGACGGAAAACGGGAGUCUCCCCAGAAAAGCCACCGAGAGCACAUUCCCAUAGACGAAGCCGACCAAUUCACCCCUGACAACUGGCUCCCGCGCAGUCCUGAGCUUAUCCGCCUCACCGGGAAGCAUCCCCUCAACGCCGAGCCCCAGCUUACGAAGCUCUUCGACGCGGGGCUGAUAACGCCGAAUGAGCUUCACUACGUCAGGAACCAUGGCCCCGUCCCUCGCCUUCUAUGGGAAUUCCACACGCUCGACGUGGAGAACGGACGACUCGUCCUUACCAUGGACCAACUGAAGAACAACUUCGACACAGUCAACAUCCCAGUCUAUCUUGCCUGCGACGGCAAUCGCCGGAAGGAACUCAACCUCAUCCGCAAGUCCAAGGGCUUCAACUGGGGCGCCGGCGGAGGUAGCUGCGCCUACUGGAAAGGUCCCCUCCUAAGAGACAUCCUCCUCGCAGCCGGAACCCUCGACGAACUCAGCGAAACCAAGCGGUACUGGGUCAACUUCGAAGGCGCAGACGAGCUAAGCGAAGGGAAGUACGCCACCAGCAUCCCCUUCGACUACGCCAUGGACCCGAUGAACGACGUCCUCCUCGCCUACGAGAUGAACGACGUCCCCCUCCCGCCCGACCACGGCUACCCCGUCCGGCUCAUCGUCCCGGGCUACGUCGGCGGGCGCAACGUCAAGUGGCUCAAGCGCAUCUGGAUCAGCGAGACGGAGAACUCCUCGCACUACCACGUCUGGGACAACCGCGUGCUGCCGUCCUUCAUCACCGACAUGGAGAGCGCCCUCGCGGAGACCAUGUUCCGGCACCCGAGCACCGCGUGCAACGAACAGAACCUGAACUCGGUCAUCGUGCGCCCCGAGCAGGGCGAGAGGAUCAGCCUCGCGGACGCGCAGGGUGGUAAGGCGUACCGCGUCCAGGGGUUUGCGUACGACGGCGGCGGGCAUGAGGUGCAGAAGGUGGAGGUGUCGCUGGAUGGCGGGGAGACGUGGCUGUACUGCAUCCGCGAGUUUCCCGAGGCGCCGAUACGACAUGGCAAGAAGUUCUGGACGUGGCUGCACUGGCAUGUGGAUGUGCCGCUGGCGCAUCUGAUCCAGGCGAGGGAGAUCAAGUGCCGCUGCUUCAAUGUGUUUAAGAACACCCAGCCCGAGAAGCCAGCGUGGAAUCUGAUGGGGAUGAUGAAUAAUUGUUGGUACACGGUCAAGUCGGAGAUUGUGGAGGCGGAGGCGGAAGGGGAUGCUGCUUGUGUGUUGUUCCGGCAUCCUGUUGAGCCUGGGACUGGGGAGGGCGGGUGGAUGAAGCCGAGUGUGGUGAACCAGGUGGAAGCGGCUAAGCGGGAUGCCGGAACGCCACAGAAGCAGUUCACGAGAGAGGAGAUUGAGAAGCAUGACAAGGAGGAUGACUGCUGGAUUGUGGUGGAUGGGAAGGUGUAUGAUGCGACGUCGGUUAUGGCGUGGCAUCCUGGAGGUAAGGCGCCGAUCAUGGCGCAUGCUGGAAGGGUGCACCAGGAGGCGACGGAGGAGUUUGAGAGUAUUCAUGAUGGGUUCGCCUACGAGAAGUUGAGCGAAUGUUUGCUCGGUGUUGUCACCGAUAAGGCCAAGAACUUCAUCAAGAAGAACGCCGAAAAGGCAGCGGCCGAGAAAGCCAAGGACAACAGCAACGAGAAGCGGGCGUUGCAGAAGCACAAAUGGAUUCCUACCAAGCUUAUCAACCGCAAAGCGCUUUCGGAGGACACAUUCUCCUACACCUUUCAACUACCAGACCACCAAGCAGUCCUCGGAUUGGGAACAUGCCAGCAUGUCUUGAUCGGAUUCCAUCUGAAGGACAAGAUGCUCGUGCGGUCUUACACGCCGACGCGUCCCAUCCUACCAGCUGCGGAUAACGCACCCAGCAAGGUAUCUGAGAAGAACGGAAAUGGAGUCAAGAAACACGGCCCUGCAGACGGCGACGGCACCUUUGAGAUGGUAGUCAAGACGUACUUUCCGACAGAAAAGCAGCCCGGCGGAGCCAUGUCCAACAUCCUACAUUGCAUGCCCAUCGGAGGCGAGGUGGAGAUCCGCGGGCCGACAGGGGAAAUCACGUAUGAGGGUAACGGUAGGUUCAUCAUUGACGGCGAGGAGCGCGUGUACCGGCAGGUCUCUCUGGUGCUUGGUGGAUCAGGGGUCACGCCUGGGUACUCCCUCGUUGCGAGAAUCGUGGAGUCGAGUGAUGAUCAAACGGAAGUGCGAAUUGUGGAUGCGAACAAGUCGGAGGACGAUAUACUUCUUCGAAAGGAGUUUGAUGGCUUCGUGAAGCGGAGCGAUGGGAGACUGAAUGUCACGCAUGUCUUGAGUCACCCGAGUAGUGACUGGGAUGGCUUGAGUGGCCAUGUUGACGGAAAAGUUCUUAGGAAGAACCUGUUCCCUCCGUCGGAUGAUAGUGCCGUUUUCCUUUGCGGACCACCGGCGAUGAUCCAAAAGGCUGCGUUGCCGGCAUUGAAAGAAUGGGGCUACGAGGAGGACAAGAAUGUCUUUGGUUUCUAG